UGGGUUCUUAUGUGUGUUCUCAUAUAAACUUAUUUCAUCUUUCUUGUGACUGUUUAUUUCUUAAGCUGUUUUUUUUUGGGGGUUAAUCUUGACAGGGAAAAAGGUUGCUGGUCGGAAAGAAGAUCUUCGCGAGCUUGGAGAACAUUUCAAUAUUGAUGUUGAAAAUCCUUGUGUGAUAAUGAGUCAAGACAAAAGCAGAGAAUUUUUGCAUUCUGGGAAUGACAAGGAGAAAUUCAAGUUCUUUUACAAGGCCACACUGCUCGAGCAAUUAAAUGAUCGACUACAAGAUGUUAAGUGUGCAUUGGAUUCUGGAAAUGAACGUGUUAAUAAGAUGGAGGCUUCAAUAAGACCUAUUUUGAAUGAAGUAAAUGAGUUGGAUGAAAAGAUUAAAAAAAGGGAACAGAUUGAAGAAACAUCUCAACGAUUGGAACAACUGAGCAAGAUGCUGGCUUGGUUAUGUGUAUAUGAGGUUGAUGGGAAACUCCAGGAAGUUGGCGUCAAGCUUGAAAAGCUGAAAGAACGGAUACCCACUUGCCAAGCCAAAAUUGAUUAUCACCUGGGAAAGGAGGAAGAGUUGAAGGCACUGCUUGCUGAAAAGAACAGUCGAGUUGCCUCUAUGAUGGAAAAGACAUCCGAAGUGAGAAGGUUGAAGGAUGAAUAUCAGCAUAAUAUUUCCAUGGCUAGAAGAAAGAUGUUUGAGAUAGAUGAUGAGCGCAAUCGCAAAAUUGACUUUGUUCAGAAGAUGGUCAAGCAAGCUGAAUCACUUGAGCGACAAAUUUCUGACUUUCAAGAGGAACAUGCUAGAGAUACACAGGCUGAAGAAUGCAAGAGGGAAGAACAUCUGAAGGGACUCCAGGAUGAGGCGAAUGCUGCUUAUUUAUGUUUUCAAAGGUGGAAGGAAGAGGAGGGUGUUCUAUCUGAAGCUUUAUCUGGGAAAACCAAUGAAUGCAAGGAAUUUGGCGAGCAGAUUGAGGGUUGUGACAGAAAGCAUCGGGAAGCCCUUUCUCGCAUCCGUGAACUUCAGCAAAAUCAAACCAACAAGGUAACAGCUUUUGGAGGAGAGAUAGUAAUUCGUCUUUUACGUGUAAUUGAAAAAUAUCAUAGAAGAUUUACAAGGCCUCCUAUUGGUCCAAUUGGUGCUCAUUUGGCACUGGUAAAUGGUGAUAUGUGGGCUCCAGCCGUUGAAAAUGCCAUUGGAAGGUUUCUAAAUGCUUUUAUUGUCAAUGAUCACAAGGAUUUUCUUCUUUUGAGGGAGUGUGCAAAGGAAGUGAACUAUCACAGAAUUAGAAUUUACAUAUAUGAUUUUUCCAUACCAAGGUUGAACAUUCCAAGACACAUGCUUCCCCAAACACAGCACCCAACUACUCUCUCUGUUCUACAUGCUGAUAAUCCCACCAUUUUGAAUGUGUUGGUGGAUAUGGGUAGUGCUGAGAGCCAAGUGCUUGUUAGAGAUUAUGAAGUGGGAAAAUCAGUUACUUUUGAGCAAAGGAUCCCAAAUCUUAGGGAGGUCUAUACACUAGAUGGAUAUAAAAUGUUCUGCCGAGGUGCAGUCCAGACUACUCUGCCUCCAAACAGGAAGAGUAGAAAUGACCGACUUCGUGGAUCAUAUGAGGAUCAAAUUAAGGAUUUGGAGAAAAAAGCAUCAAUGUAUCAAGAAGAAGCUCAACAACUUCAGGCAAGGAAAAGAGUUGUAGUGGAUGAGCGUCGUGAUCUUGAUGAGAAAUUGAGAAGGGUUAAGAGGCUGUGCCUGGAAGCAGGGAUGGAUCAUUCAUCUAAACAAUAUCUUCUUGAUGAUGCAAAGAGUUCAUAUGCUGCUGAAGCAAGUUCAGCCUCCAGAGCUAAUGUUGAUGAUCUCAGCAAAGAUUACUUGAAAGCCCAAGAUCAAAUAGGGGAACAGGAAAGGUUGAUUGCAGAUUUACAAAUGAGGAGGACAGAAGUGGAAUUAACAAUCAACAAUCUAAAAUCGUCGUUUGAGAAUUUGUGUGAGUCAGCAAAAGUGGACAGUGAUGCCUUUGAUGAAGCAGAGCGUGAGUUAGUGCAGCUCAAAGAAGAACUGUGUGCAGCUGAAAAGGACAAGGCUCAUUAUGAAAUGGUCAUGCGUGAGAACGUUCUUCGUAGUAUUAAAGCUGCAGAGGAAGAAUAUAAGAAGCUUCAACUUGAUCGGGAGGAUAAAUCCAAGAAAGCUUCUAUUAUUUGUCCUGAGAAUGAGGUGAAAGCUUUGGCGUGCCGCUCUGGGAACACUCGGGAUGAAUUAAAUACUGAAUACAAUAAAUUAAAAAGGUGGCUUCAACAUCAUGAGAGUGACAGAGAUUCUGAAUCUAUUGAUGAUCUUAGACUCAUUUAUCAGCGAAAAAAGCGUAAAAUUUCAGCUAAGCAGCAUAACUGUGAAGCUUUUCGUGAGAAAUUUAAUGAAUUGCAGAAGGCUCUUGAUUUACGCUGGAGCAAGUUCCAAAGGAAUGCAAAUCUUUCAGAAUGUCAGUUAACAUGGCAAUUUAAUGGUCAUUUAAGGAAGAAAGGUUUCAGUGGUCGCAUAAAGGUUAACUAUGAAGAGAAAACCCUAUCAAUAGUGGUAAAGAUGCCCCAAGAUGCAUCCAGCAAAACUGUUCGUGAUACCAGAGGGCUUUCAGGAGGGGAACGCUCUUUCUCUACUUUAUGUUUUGCAUUAGCUCUUCAUGAGAUGACGGAAGCCCCAUUUCGAGCUAUGGACGAGUUUGAUGUAUUUAUGGAUGCUGUUAGCCGAAAAAUCAGCUUGGAUGCCCUCGUGGAUUUUGCACUUGCACAAGGGUCACAAUGGAUAUUCAUAACCCCACAUGAUAUCAGCAUGGUGAAAGCGUCAGAUAGGGUGAAGAAGCAGCAGAUGCCAGCUCCUCGUUCUUGAUUUAAGCUAAUCAGAACUUGUGAAUUCUUUUCUUCUGUGUAUCUAUUAUCUUUCUCAUUAAUGUUGAAUAUGUAGAUUAUCUACUAUCCUAUGUAUCUAUGCUCUACUUUGACUAGGUCAUUUGCUGUUAUAUUUAUGACCAUAUGUUUGUAGGGGCCUGCAUUGGAUGACUGUUUUGGCAUGCUGAUAUACAGGAAUUGUAAAUCUGGAAACCUGCCCAAUAAUUUUUUUAAAUAUGCAGGGACUUUUGUAGAAGCAGUUGAACCCUGUGCUAGUAAAUAAUUCUAAUGGAAUAACUCAAUCACCUCUUUCCUAUUUCA